GCCAGAAAGCUAACGCCUUUAACGCCAUGGCCGAGCUGCGUCCUUUGAGCGUCGAACUGAGGCGCAUCGCCGAAACGGAGCUGAACGAAGUGGAGGAGCGAGUACCCGCCGAUCUGGAGGCUCUCAGGAACUGGCUGUCCAAGCAGCCGCAUCUGAAGGCCCGCCAGGAUGACCAGUUCCUCGUUGGUUUCCUGCGCGGCUGCAAGUUCAGUCUGGAGAAGACCAAAUCCAAGCUGGACAACUUUUACACGAUCAAGACUCUGAUGCCGGAGCUAUUCGGCAACCGAACCAUGGACGAGAAGAACAUAGCUCUGUGUAGAACGGGGACCUAUGUACGAUUGCCCAAGCCCUGGGGUCCUGGUGGCCCCCGGUUGCAGCUUACCACCUACGAGAAGUUCGAUCCCAAGUCGUUCAAGCUAUUGGACCUAUUCCGGUUCCAGACAAUGAUUUCGGAGCAGGCCAUCAGCCAGGAUGACAACAGCAAUAUUAGCGGUUACAUCGAGAUCAUAGACAUGGGCAAACUGAGCCUCAGCUUCCUGGCCCAGCUGGACUUUACGCUAAUCAAGAAAAUGGGAGUAUUUGCCGAGAAGGCUCAACCCACCCGCCUGAAGGGCGUCCACCUCAUCAACUGUCCCAAGGAGGGAGUGGCGCUCCUCAAUCUGGCCAAGAGCCUCAUGCCCAGCAAGCUGCAGCAACGGUUUCACGUUUAUAAAAAUCUGGAUCAACUGGCCGAGGUGAUACCGAGGGAAUACCUGCCGGAGGAGUUUGGUGGCUCCAACGGACGCAUAGCCGACAUCAAGGCGGAGAUGGAGAAGGGAUUGGUGGCCUACCAGGACUACUUCCGCGAGGAGACCAAGUACGGCGUCAAUGAGCAACUGCGACCCGGCAAACGAGUCACUGCCGACACACUCUUUGGGGUGGAGGGAUCCUUCCGCAAGCUCGACAUCGAUUAGAUGCGAAAAAGUAUUAAAAUUAAUUGUAAAAGGACAGAGGAGUGUGGUCUCCAUUAAAGGCUUAACUAGAAA